AUGCAGGGUAAUACAGAAAACAACACCGACAAGACCAAUUCAGGCGUACCGAUUGGUAAUGCAGACCAAGACGCCCCUCCCAAAACAUUCCUGAAUGAAGCUUUUUCAGAUGACGACAACGAUAACAACGAGAACGAGAAGAAGGACGACAACAUGGACGAUGCGAGUACCGACAGCGAUGAUGAUGAUGAUGACAGUGACAUUGCCACAAUCACCGUGAAUCUGAGAACGAGCAUCGAGUUGAAAGGCCUCCCCAACUCUUUCCCGCGGACCGUGAUAGUCGUGGAAGUCGACUUCAACGAAGCGUCCACGAACCCCGAACCUAUCUUCGAAUUCACUCGCGAUAACGACUUCCACGACAUUAUUGACAACAUGGAGCAGUGCAUGCACCACGUCGACGAACGCUUAUUCGACAGAGCAAAGAUACGAAACUCCGGUAAACCGCGACCCUGGUUCGAAUUCGAAUCUUUCCAACAUCUGCAAAAUUUGUUGGAAGUCAGCAUGAAUGAUCCUUUACCCAAGAAGAGUGAUUGGAUGGCCCAGCUGUUGUGUAUGCCAGGUCUCCAACGCAUCGACAUCGUGUUCGCAUAUAGGGCUUACCAUAACACGGGCCGCACGUACAAUCUGGUUGCGGAAGACGACAGUGGCGUUACUGUAGGUCAGUUCAUAAAGGCCUUUCGCGAUCAGCUGCAGCAUGCGGAAGCAGACAUACGCAAGUUUUCUGAUGAGCUUACUCUCAUCUGUAACAAGUGUUUCGACGACGCUAUCAAUGACGACUGA